UAGUUCGAGAUUUGGAUGAGGGAACACAGCUAACAAACAGGGACAUAACUGAUUACAAUGGAGAUAUCAUUGCGCUUUUUGGAUAUCGGAUAUAACAACGAGCUUUUCCAAGCUCGGCACUGAAAUCCGGUUACGGACUAUGAAUGGCACUACCUUAAGUGCGUUUCUCCUAAAAAGUAGCCUAAGUAGGUUCGUUUAUCCCUUCCUGUUAGUAACUCGUCGGAUACGAAAUUAUUGUUGGCUAAUAGACAACCUACAGAAGAUAUAGUGUAUUACAGAACGACAGAGCAAAUAUGGAUACAGUUGCGCAAACAGAUGUAGGAUUUAUUGACAUACCGCAAAAAGUUUCGGACAAGACACCGUUAUUCGAGUAGGCUAGUGGAUUUUGGGCGAGUUGGUCAGCUUUGGAACUUGCCGUAAAGCACGGGUUAGCAGGACUGAAUGCUCCUUUCCUGCUAUUCUUCUCCACUCCUCAGCGCUUCCUGCUUACGGUGGCCACUGCACUUAAUGGCUAAAAAUACAAAGAAACUCAAAAUGGACAACGAAAUGGACAUGGGACCUUGCAUUGGAGCUGUAAUUCCCCAAAGUUCUGGGUAGGCUAUUGUAUAGCACCUGUUGAUAAUUGCAUGACACAUCCACACAGGCGACAGUCAGCUUUGUCCUUUGAGAAUAUCAGUAGGCUAUAAAGUCUCAGUCAAUCAUGUGAAAUGUAUUUCUGUGAGUUGUAGUCCUAAAUACAUUUAAUAUAUGGUCAAACGUGCGUGUAAACUACACACCAUACCAGUUGGAAAACAACAGCAAUUUAACUUUUGGACACACUGCAGACUAGGUCACAUUCGUAUCUUUUUAUCUAUCCAUGUCGAUACGAAAGAAAGACCAUUUUUAUUCUGCAAUCUUUGACUAUAUGUUUGUAGCCUCAUUGUUGGCGCGGCCUUUGGACAAAUUUCACUGGUACCCGAUGAACCAACUGGAAAGACAGAACAGGGAGAGAGGCGCAGUCCAGUACUUUAUUUUCAAAUCUCUAGACUACCGAAUCAGACGUUGUCUAAACAUCUGCUUGAGGCUCCAUGGAGCCGCUGAAGAACAUUUUUAGCCGUGGCUCACUGUCAAACUGGAAACAUUUGGAACAAUCACAAAAAGGGAACUUCACCAAUCCGGUGUGGACAGCGCUAUUCGAUUAUGAAGCGGCCGGGAAAGAUGAGCUCACCUUGCGCAAAGGUGACCUCGUAGAGGUUCUGUCGCUGGACUCUGAAAUCUCUGGAGAUGAGGGCUGGUGGGCGGGGAAGGUAAAUAACAAAGUAGGAAUAUUUCCCUCGAACUACGUUUCUUUCAAGCCAAGUGGAUAUGGGAAUAUACAAAGCGGUGCGGUGGUCGGGGAGCUGGGCCCAGCAGUGGGAGUGAGAGAGUUUGAUCCAGAGGCCGUUGAUUUUAGGGAACUAAGCCUUGAGGAGGUCAUAGGAGUCGGUGGGUUUGGCAAGGUGUAUCGCGGUACAUGGAGAGGUGGUUUAGUGGCAGUGAAAGCGGCCCGACAAGACCCAGACGAAGACAUAAGCGUGACAGCCCAGAACGUGCGUCAGGAGGCCCGAUUGUUUGCUAUGCUCACUCACCCAAACAUCAUCGCUCUCAAAGGAGUCUGUCUGCAGGAACCAAACCUAUGUCUCAUUAUGGAAUACGCAUCCGGUGGGCCACUCAGCCGGGCCCUGGCAGGCCGCCGCAUCCCGCCGCACGUCUUGGUGAACUGGGCCGUACAAAUAGCGAGGGGCAUGCUCUACCUGCACACCGAGGCCAUAGUCCCAGUCAUCCACAGGGACCUCAAAUCGAACAACAUUCUGCUGGCCCAGCCCAUAGAGAACGAGAGCAUGGAGGGCAAGACGCUGAAGAUCACCGACUUUGGCCUGGCCAGAGAGUGGCACAAGACCACCAAGAUGAGCACGGCUGGAACCUACGCCUGGAUGGCCCCCGAGGUCAUCAAGUCUUCCACCUUCUCCAAGGGCAGCGAUGUUUGGAGCUAUGGUGUCCUGCUGUGGGAGCUGCUCACUGGAGAGGUACCCUACAGGGGGAUCGAUGGACUAGCUGUGGCCUACGGAGUAGCUGUCAACAAACUCACCCUGCCCAUUCCCUCCACCUGCCCAGAACCCUUCGCCCAGCUCAUGGCAGAGUGCUGGGACCAGGACCCCCACCGGCGGCCUGACUUUGCCUCCAUCCUGUCCCAGCUGACGGCCCUGGAGCAGCAGGUGAUGGAGGACAUGCCCCAGGACUCCUUCCACUCCCUCCAGGAGGACUGGAAGCUGGAGAUCCAGGACAUGUUCGAUGAGCUCCGGGCCAAGGAGAAGGAGCUGCGUUGUCGGGAGGAGGAGCUGAAGCGGGCCGCGCUGGAGCAGAAGUCCCACGAGGAGGUCCUGCGGCAGCGCGAGCAGCAGCUGGCCCAGUGGGAGCAGGACGUGUUCGAGCGCGAGCUCAGCCUGCUCAUCCUCCACAUGAACCAGGAGAAGCCCAACGUCAAGAAGCGCAAGGGCACCUUCAAGAAGCACAAGCUCAAGGUCAAGAACGGCGAGAAGAUCAGCAUGCCGCAAGACUUUAUUCACAAGAUCACAGUGCAGGCGUCUCCUGGCCUGGAGAAAAGAAGGAAUUCUCCAGAUCUGGGUUCCGGCACCUCCCCUUCCAUUGGCCCACGCUUCCGAGCAAUCCAACUCAGUCCCAGUGAGAACAGCAGGGCAUUUGGUCUGAGCUCCAUGUGGCCCCUGGAGGCCCCGCCCGUGAAGCAGGCCAACGGGGACCUGAGGCUGGGCCCCCACUGGAGGCCCCAGAGCCCCAAGAGCCCCAAGAGCCCCAAAGUGCUUCGCCUCAGUCCUCAGGAAAGCAGCCUAUCAAUGAGAGCUAAGCUCCUGGGGAUGGACAGCAAUGAGAACGGAGAUUCCAAGGACGACUUUGAGGAGUACAGACCGCCAACACCCCAGCCUGCCCUAAACGGUUCAUCAGUGAAGGAGCCUCACCGCCUGACAGUACCUCAGGGAGACUCUGGGAGUGAGGAGGGGGGCUCUCCGGCCGGUUCCCCCCAGCCAGAGAGAGGAUUCCUGGGCAGCACUGGCCCGCUGAGGACCACCCACCGGGCUCUGCUGGGAGGGGGGUCUCUCCUGGCCUCCGUGGCCCUGGGACGCUGUCUGGAUGUGCUCCCCCGGGUGCCCCCCAGGACUAACCACGCACCCUUGGAGGAGCUCCACCGGAUACCCUCGGAUAUGGAAAUCGUGGCCCCCAAAUCGUCCGCUUCACCCCUGGAUCCCCCUACGGUGGAAGACCUCAUCACGUUCUCCAUUUCGGAACCCUUCCCGGCUACCCUCUUCGACUUCGCCCUGCACCCUCCCGAGGUGAGGCCCCUGCCCCUCACGCCGCCUCCCCCGAAUCGUCGUGAUCGGAGUAGCCCUCGGACCCCCCAGACACCCCAGACCCCCCCGACACCACGGCAUCACCCGGGGCAGGGCAGCCCGGGGGAGUGGGCUCUGUGCCCCCAUCACAGCAACGGGGAGUUUGGUGGGGAUGUUUGGAGCCCCGGGGUCGACAGAGCGAGGAGGGAGAGCCAAGGACUGCACUCCUCUCAGCUAGUUCUGGACCUGCCCCUGUGCCAAGACACGAUGGAGUCGGAGUAUAAACCCAUCUCCCUGUCCCCCAACCCUGGCCUGGUGAGCCCCACAACACGCCGCCUGGAGGUCAGCGUCAUCCCCCGCCCGCGCCCCUCCCCCAACCGACCUCGCAUCGACCCCUGGAGCUUCAUCUCGGCAGGAGCUGGCAGGCGACAGGCCCGACUCACAGACAGUCACUCGCUGAGCUACCAGCCCUCGCCCACCAACCCCUUCACCAACUGUGACCCCUUCCCUUCCCCAGACUGUGACCCCUUCGCACUCCGGGCAGACCCCGCAAGCACCCCAGACACCCCGUCACCCUUCGACCCCUUCUCUGCCCCCUUUCCCACCUCCCGCUCCGCCCCCUGCUCCACUAAUGGGUCACCGACCCUGCCCACAGUCCGCUUGGGGCCUCUGAACCCGGCCAACUCCCCCAUCAUUGACCUGGGGUGGCCAACCUGCAGUCCACCCCUUGAGGUCACCAAAGAAAAACCCCGACCCCGGAGGACUUUGGGACUCAAACCGUUCAAGUCCCCCACGCAACUCAGAGACGACAGGUUCUAAACCCGACCUCGCCAGCAGGGCAUGAGGUCCGCCUCUCACAUGGAGGUUUUUAUUUGAAUUUGAAAUGAGAGGAAUGCAUCCUUAAUUGGAUAGCCAGAGUGUGUACAUCCUGUAUAAACAGGGAUUUGCAAUCCUUUAAAAUCUCAAAUGUACCAGGCCCUAAUACUCUAGGAGGAUAUUUCCCUGUGGCAACCUAGAGAGCCCAAUCAGUGGAUUCUUCUGCCUAUCAACAACAGUUGCCUUAGGAACCAGGAAGCUACCCAGCCAAUCCUAUGCCGUGUGACAGAGUCAAAUGCCUGAAAGAGGAUUCUUCUCUCAUCUGUCUGCUCCCCUCUCUCUGAAGUGGCAGAUCAGUAGCCAUCUUCAGACUCAAUCAGACUUCUGAUAUCUCCACCUCUCAUCUCUACUACCUUUUGAAGCGUUUUUGACGAUGCUGUCCGGGAUACAGUAAAGCUCGCCUUAUCUGUCACCCACAGGCUCUUUAAGCACACAGGGCAGUCAGCGAGUCUGGUUUUGUGAGCGACUCCAUUCAGUAUUCUGUCAUUGACCUCUUGAAAAGGAUUAACACGUGUAAGGAGUGAGCUGGGAAGAUGUUAAUAAACUAGUAAUGUGUUAAGGACCCCAGUAAGGCUGGGAGCGUGAGUUGGAGCAGUGGUGAGGUAAGAUAGGGUGUUCACUGGGAGAGAGAGCACUCAAAAUGGUUUCAAUAUCCCCCAGAAUUCUUCGGACAAACCAUGGUCCAGACAUCCACCAGGAAGCAGAUAACUUUCCAAUAACAUUCCAAUGAUGGCAUUCCUGGAAUUCUAGUGGUCAUUGGGCUUGUUGGCAACAAAGCGUAAGGGGCGAAGGGAGCAGCCCUGUUAAAUGCCAAAGAAUGUGACUGCUUGUGGGGAUUCAGGGAGAGUGGGAGGGGCCCUAACCGUUGCCUUUUCCUUCUCAUUGGUCGAGUAUCUGCUGUCAUGUUUGGCUCUUACGACUCAGAAUUCAUUGCUAGAUGGAUCCAAAUGUAAGGGCAUUUAUUUCUCCCAGGCAUCAUUUUGAUGGCCCACAGCUAUAAGUGUCGUCAUAAUUGGAGACCCAAUAACAGAGUUCAGAUACAGCCAUACAAAAAGCCGAGUCAAGUCAGUUUAUUUGUAUUUCACGGAUUAAAACAAGCGAUGGUUAACCCAAGUGCUUUACACAGUAAAAGUAAAGGGUAAAGAAAUGUACAAAUGACACCAACAUUUAGUCAUUUAGCAGACGCUCUUAUCCACAGGCAAGUAGGGUGAAGUGCCUUGCCCAGGGACACAACGUCAUGUCGGCACGGCCAGGGAAUCGAACCAGCAACCUUCUGAUUGGUAGCCUGAUUCCCUAACCGCUCAACAUAUCUGACCGCCCAGCAACAAAAUCACUUAUAAACACAUCUGAAACUCACCUAGAAAGCCAGAGAGAACACAAGUUUUUUUUUGCCUGGAUUCAAAAUAUUUGAUGGUGGGGGCAGAUCGAACAUGGAGAGGGAGGUUGUUCCACAACUUGGGCCCAGCCACAGAACAAGCAGGAUCACCUUUUUGCCUCAAACGACUGUUGCAAUGUCAUUGCAGUACUUAAGCUAUUAUGUUCCAGGGAGGAGAGUCCAAUUGAAGUGGGAAACAUUGUCAUUAGACCAAUUCUAACUCUAAUUCUGACAAAGAGCAGUUCCUGAUGAUGGUAAUUAGCCUUGCGACGACGACAGGGUUCGUUUAAUGAAUAACUGAGAUAUUUGGCUAAUUGAGUUUCUCUUGUAUAUUAUAAGGUAUAUUUAAGAGUCUAUUUUUGGUUUAAUGAAUCCGAUGAAGUCGCUAGAGUAGCUUGGGUGAAGAUGUCAGAGGACAUGCCCCACUUUCAGAACGCAACCCUGUAUGGAAAUCGACAGCCUCUCCUGGCUGAGCCUAUCCCUUUGUAGAGCCAAUGAGGUUACAUGUCCGCUUGAUUUUUGUGGUGCCAUUGGCUAAUGAACUACUGACUGGACUGAAUCUCAACCAAUAAGGUGCCUUUCCCUCUCUACCUCCCCUUAUGUGAAAUCAACUGCAAUGAAAUACCUUUCAUUCUUCUUUAUAUCCCAUCUUCUAAUUCUGUUCUAUGCUAACCUGUCCUGAGAAUGACAUACUAGUCCACUCUCAUAAUGUCAGAAGAACAUACCCAGAAUGUAAGUAUUUCUUCAUGUACCAGUUGUACAGAAGACUUCCAGUGAGAUUUAUUUGGGUUGAAAUCAGAUGACUCCAAAGGCUCUAAAAUUAUCCUCUUCAAUGAGGGUUAUUCAUCUGCAAACAUGCAAAGAAAAGUGAUUUUUUUAAAUCAACCAUAAGAGAAAUCUCCAAAAACAAGUAAGGAGGUUUAGAGUAUUUAUGACCAAUAUUUCAAAACCAGUUGUUACAAAAAACUUUGUACUAAGCUGUGACUUUCGUGGCCCUGCCAACCAAUUCCCUGUGAUACAGUGGUCAUAGAUUUAAAAGUAAUAGUGGCCUUAGAAUUAAUCAUGAAUUCAAUUUCUUUUCGCUGUGGCUUUAGUACUGUCACAUCUUCCUAUAUUGACCUUUCAGUCAACCCAAGAGCCCAUGGUGUGUCUACACAACAUAUAUGCACUGUCACAGAGCCUGGAGAUUUAAUAUAAAGCCACUACCCUUGCUUUUUCUCUCCUAUGAGACCGCCCCUAAGAUGUGACAGGUGUGUUAUUGCCUAUAGCCCUAAUCCACAGAAGACACUUUAGUGCCUUGGCUUCAAACAGGCAAAAUCCACAAGAGCUAUAUCCUCUCAUCGCUAUUACGGAGGGUGGAAGUCACGACUUUGACAACUGUGGUUCAAAGAGGAACGAUGUGUGAGGGUUGAGGCGGUGUUGGUUCUUUAUAUGCCGUUCAGUACCCACAAUACCAAGCCCUAACCCACUCACUCUGUGAUCAUCUAGCAUGUCUUAUCUGUAGACCUGGAUAGACCUAAGGUUUAUACUAGCAGCAGUAGUCAGUGUGUUGUUGAGAAAUAAAAAGAGCUCACAACUUUGUUUGGAUGUUGUGGGAUUUCUGUCCUUCCAAGAGCAUAUUUAUUUCCCAACAUUAUAUAUUGGAGAUGUGACUUUACUUGGCUAAAUUAUAGGGUAUUUCUGCCAAAAAUACAGCUACAAAAGCCUGUUUCUGUGGCCUUUUUUCUGGUGCGUACUAACAGAACGAUUCCAUGUAACCUUUACAACAAGCUUUGAGGUAGUCACUAUAUAUUAAUAAAUCAUUUGUAAUCUCAGAAAAACAUAUAUAGAACACCUGCCGCAAUCCCUUUAAGUCUUAUCUCCUUUCAGUGCCACGUUAUUCACCACUUCUCUGAUUCUGUGACCAGUGGCGUGACUGUGACAUGGUUUUUUUGACAGGAAAGCCUGAUUUUCCUGGUUGCCUGUCAGGUCUGGGCCUGUCACCUGACUGACAGCUUGACACAACGGCGCUCCCAAUAAGAAGCUCUUCAGGAGUUGUUUGUGACAUGCCGCUCUUUCGGGCGUCGCCUCAUUCGUCUUUGCAAAUCUGUGCUUUGAACGGUUUUGACAGGGCAAGUGAAACAUACCCUUGCUGAAGAAGUAGGCACGCUUUUACACACACACAGAACAUUACUAGGGUGCUAUUUCGUAUUUCGCUAUUUCGUAGAUUCAGAUUUUUAAUUAUCGUCCCUAAGUGUCCUUGUCAUUCUUCCAGGGGUAGCGGUUAUAGUGACAUAAGCAAAUUACAGUUGCUCGUUUGUUUUUCUUCACUUUGCGAAUCCCACUUAGUUAAUGAAAUCGAUUACUUCAGCCUCAGCCAAGGCACGCUUCUUAUUUACCCAGGAUGAUGGCCCUUUCCCUUACAGUGUAUUUCUCAUAUUGAAUGAUUGAGAAGCUAAAUUAGAAACUCCACAAAUUUGACCCACACGCAAGUUAAAAGCCAUCAGAGUGGCUUUUGUAUUUCUCUCAAGAUGUAGGUUACAGAAAUGCCUGCCCACACCUUUAUUCAGUGCGAUGUCGUCAAACAAACAAACAAACAAACAAAAACACGAUUUAAAACGAAAUUUUACGGUCAUGUGGAGGCGGUUAGACCCCCGAGGUGCCACAGGCAGAAAGGUGUCUGGCCUCAUUCAUGUUUCAGCUCUUGUAAGUAUUAAACAUUAUUUGCAAUCCGUUUCAGGCCGAGGCCUUCAUUUCUCCUUAUACCAUCUGCUGUUCCCGCUCCGAUGAUAACAUUUAGAACCCCAAUUGUGUGCGACAGGGUGAUGGCGACUGAUUUGUUUAAAACACAAUGGAAUGCAGCAGGCCCAGUGUUGAGGUUUUUCAUACAUGCAGGUCUACACGUGUAUUUGAUUUAUUUUAAACAGUUAUUAAGUCCAAGGACUAGGCACUUCUCAUCUUUCCACUGCCAGACUGCUAUUGCUAUUGUCUUGUCUGGAUGUUGACGUCUUGGCAGAACGGACUAGAGAUAAUUUACAAUGAUUUUUGAAAUGUGCAAUUGACAACUUUUUAAUUGUGCAGGACAUGGUAAUAUUUUAAGGCAGUCCUAUAACCGAUUUAGUUAAUUUCAAGAGAUAUGUCUGGAGACGUCAAAGCACUUUGACAUUGACAGAAAGAGGAAGAAGGGAACCCAAUCAGAUUCAUCACUAAAUAUUUGUUUGGCCAUUUGCUUCUUCCCCUGCCUAUUUGGUAACUUUAAACAGAAAGCACACUCAAAGAUUUUUAUUUGGGAAGCUUUAAUAUCCCAAAACCAUCAAGACAUUUUGUUAAAUGACUACCAGCCCAGGUCCAAUUGAACAGACAUGGCUGUAGGAUAUGGCGAAUGGUGCAAUUUCCAGGUUUUUGUGUGGCGGAAAACUAUUCUACUCACAACAUCCGAGUACUGUAAGAACUCCGGCCUGUGAAAGCCUGUGGUUAUUUCUAUGAAGCUUAGGAUAUGGGAAAAAUGCAGAUGAGAUUUUAUAUUUUAUUUAUGAUAGGCACCUUUUUACACACUGGAUUUUUGUUAUGAUUACUACAGACAGAGUCUACUUUAGGAUGCUUGAUAUUGUUUGGCAACGUUUUCAUUCCCUUUUACUUUUAGGUAUUCACUGGAUUAUUUAAAAUUGGAUCAAUUGCUAUUUGAGUAUGGGUGCUUUGCAUGGGAUACUUUUCUUCCGCUUGAAAAAUGUGUUGGAAUAUCCGAUUUUUUGGAUCCUAGUAUUAGAUAUGUAGCAGAAAAAUAUGUCUUCACUUGAUAAUUCUACCCACUUUGAAGGGUUGUUCUGGCCUGUAAAUGAAACUGAAGAAUCUCCCAUAAAGUGUUGCCACAACGUUCCUCUAAGGCACCCAAACUGAACUAUAUGUGCAUAAAACUGCUAUAUUUACCGAGAUAGAGUUGAGGUCUCUGAUAUUGCUUGAAAAUAGUCAACAACCUGGUGUCACCUCAGCUCUGUCUCAGUAGACUAUCUAUUUGCUUUGUGUUUGAGUCAUGUUCCUCUAUGUGUCUACUUUGUUGUUGUAAGGGUGAGCUAUGUAAUGACCAUCGUGUUGCAUUGCAUCGCCAUAAUACAACCCCAGAUUUCACUGUGCCCGUUUAAGAAGUGUGUUUAUCUUUCUUUCUUUUUUUAGGAGGGGGGGGGGGGGGGGCUUUGAGAUAUUUUGUUGUAAUGUUGCAUAUGUUGUGUGUCUGUGAAAUCUCACACUGGGCUGGGCCUAAUCAAACUCUUUUUAUAAUAUUGUGCGUUGUGUGUUUAUCAUUCCAUAUGUGAACAUGUGUUUUGCCAUUUUUGUUGACUAUUGUGAUGGGUUUUAACCUGUGGAAAAAAAGCAACAAGCAAGAAGACCAAAUAAAAUUUUAACAACCAUAAAAUAA